AAUGAUGUCAUUGUUUCUCGCCAAAAAGAGAUAGUGGAGAUAAGAAUAUCUGAUCUAUAAAAAGACAAGUAAAGUGGCGAAUAUUAGAAAACUCAUAUUCUUGAUAUUCUACAAUCAAUAACAAUGAUUUCAACUUCUUCAAUUCUUGUUCUCGUCGUCCUUCUAGCCUGCUUCAUGGCUGCCAAUGCUCAAUGGGGAUAUGGUGGAUAUGGAAGAGGUUAUGGAGGAUAUGGUGGAUACGGUAGAGGCUACGGUGGAUAUGGUGGAUAUGGACGUGGGUAUGGAGGCUAUGGACGUGGAAUGUAUGGAGGAUAUGGUCGCCCAUAUGGAGGAUACGGAUGGGGAAAGUAAAAGCAUAGACGAGUCAACUCGCAUCCGAUACUCAAAUUUUGUUAAUUUAUGCUCCUUGUACAUAUAUUGAACUCUAAUUUAAUGAAAAUCUAUCUAUGAU